AUGAGGCCGAUAUCUCUGGCGUCCUGCGUCGGGAAAGUCAUAGAGCACGCCUGCCUCAACAGGGUGACUACGAUCCUCGAGAAGCGGGAUGCUUUUGGCACUCACAUUAUCGGCUUCUGCAGAGGACUUUCGACGCAGGAUUCUAUGCUGCAAAUCAAGGAACAGGUCGUUAACGCACCAAGCACGCACGCGCGCGCUCUGCUCGGGUUAAACAUCAAAAGUGCCUUCGAGACAGUAAAACAUGCUGCCAUUUUGGACAAGAUCAGCCAACUAGGUCUUGGUUCAAGGUCCCACCGGUACGUCAGUAGCUUCCUGACAGGACGCAAGGCGACGGGCUCGGUGCUUUCUCCCAUGCUUUUCAACCUCAUCAUGAUCGGACUACCGGAGCGUCUCGACGCAAUAGAGGGCAUCAAUCACACGAUCUACGCAGACGACGUGACCGUGUGGACCACAGCGAAUACGAGCGUUGGUGAAAUGCAAGAGAGAACGCAGCAGGCCGUCCGGGCUGUGGAGCAUCACCUCGAAGGCACGGUACUCGUCUGCUCUCCCGAUAAAUCGGAAAUCCUCCUCCAUAGACCACGUGAGAAAGAACCUUACUCGCAGGCUGUACUGGACGCCCGUCGUUUGGGCAUCCGCGUCAUGACGAAGAAGGGGACUCAAAUACCAACGGUGUCCAAAAUACGAGUGCUCGGCCUGUGGCUGGAAGAGAACGGUGCGAACCACGAGCUGGUAGUGCGACUGCAAAAGAAAGUGGCCGCCGCAACGCACCUUGUGCGUCGAAUAGCGGAAAAAAAAGAAAAAAAACUAAAGGGGCGCAACUUGACGAAGUUAAUACACGCGUACUCGCCGAGACACAUAGCGUAUGUCACCGCGUAUGCCGACUGGAACAGAAGUGAAACUGAGAAGCUGAACGCGGCGAUUCGUCGAGCGUUCAAGGUAGCCCUGGGUGUGCCCCAGUACACGGAAACCCGUAGGCUUCUGGAACUGGGUGUGCACAACACCCUCGACGAGAUAGCAGAAGCGCAGAGGAUCGCGCAGCUCUAG